AGCAGAGCGGACAGGGGCGCGCGGGAGGCGCGCAGAGCUUUCGGGCUGCAGGCGCUCGCCGCGCCUGGGGAAUUGGGCUGUGGGCGAGGCGGCCCGGACUGGCCUUUAUCGCUCGCUGGGCCCAUCGUUUGAAACUUUAUCAGCGAGUCUCGCCACUCGUCGCAGACGCGAGCGGGGGGCGGGGGCGCGGCGAGGCGCCGGCGGCCGUGACGAGGCGCUCCCGGAGCUGAGCGCUUCUGCUCUGGGCACGCAUGGCGCCCGCACACGGAGUCUGACCUGAUGCAGACGCAAGGGGGUUAAUAUGAACGCCCCUCUCGGUGGAAUCUGGCUCUGGCUCCCUCUGCUCUUGACCUGGCUCACCCCCGAGGUCAACUCUUCAUGGUGGUACAUGAGAGCUACAGGUGGCUCCUCCAGGGUGAUGUGCGAUAAUGUGCCAGGCCUGGUGAGCAGCCAGCGGCAGCUGUGUCACAGACAUCCAGAUGUGAUGCGUGCCAUUAGCCAGGGCGUGGCCGAGUGGACAGCGGAAUGCCAGCACCAGUUCCGCCAGCACCGCUGGAAUUGCAACACCCUGGACAGGGAUCACAGCCUCUUUGGCAGGGUCCUACUCCGAAGUAGUCGGGAAUCUGCCUUUGUUUAUGCCAUCUCCUCAGCUGGAGUUGUAUUUGCCAUCACCAGGGCCUGUAGCCAAGGAGAAGUAAAAUCCUGUUCCUGUGAUCCAAAGAAGAUGGGAAGCGCCAAGGACAGCAAGGGCAUUUUUGAUUGGGGUGGCUGCAGUGAUAACAUUGACUAUGGGAUCAAAUUUGCCCGCGCAUUCGUGGAUGCCAAGGAAAGGAAAGGAAAGGAUGCCAGAGCCCUGAUGAAUCUUCAUAACAACAGAGCUGGCAGGAAGGCUGUAAAGCAGUUCUUGAAACAAGAGUGCAAAUGCCAUGGGGUGAGCGGCUCGUGUACUCUCAGGACAUGCUGGCUGGCCAUGGCCGACUUCAGGAAAACGGGCGAUUAUCUCUGGAGGAAGUACAAUGGGGCCAUCCAGGUAGUCAUGAACCAGGAUGGCACAGGUUUCACUGUGGCUAACGAGAGGUUUAAGAAGCCAACAAAAAAUGACCUCGUGUAUUUUGAGAAUUCUCCAGACUACUGUAUCAGGGACCGAGAGGCAG